CUUAAUAAUAUCCGCCCACUUAUACAUCCCCCCGACUACCCACGACGACUCCCGCAUGGAGCACAAUGUUUGCCCAUCUUUCAAGCGGAAUCAAACAACACCUCCUUGCUCUGUCCAAAGUACUUCCGUAGGGCGAAGAGAUCACCUAGCAAACAUGACCGGUGUCGCUGAGGCUACCAGUACCGUCGAGAGCAAUGCGGAGGAAGUCAUCAAGAAGCGGAUCUAUAGUGCAUGUGCCUAUUGCAAAUCACGCAAAAGACGCUGCGACGGACGAGAACCGGCCUGUGGACUCUGCACUAGAUCGGGUGUACCCUGUGUGUACACUGAGCGCAGGAAGAGAGGCCCGGGGCGGAAGAACAAGGUUGAUUUCGAGCCAGGAGGAAAGCGACGGAGUGCCGAGGCGCCCGAUGUGGCUGAAAUUGGCACUCUCGGUGGCCAGUUGUCCAUAGAGGAUCCAAGAGGGCAAUCCCAAGGGCUCGUCGAUACUAUACCUUCUCAGCCUGCCGAACGGCUCAUAAAGGUACCGAAAAGUCUGGCGCAGAGAAUCCAGAAUCAUGCCCCAGAACAACAGCAGCGUAAUCCGGCUGAUCCUGGCCCCAGCCGGCGCGAAAGGAUGCCACCUUAUGCUCUCCCUUUCCUCCCCAAAGAUCUGUUCGGGCGGACUUCCGUGCUAGAGGGACUUCGCAACGCUCGAAAUCAGAUUGAGGCAACUGUAGAUCGGAGGCCUUUCAGCCGAACAACAUUUGCACGCUUCCCGCCCCAAGACUACAUUUUGGAUUUGGAAGUCACCGUCAUGGAGGAAGUGCAGCUCUUCUGUCCCGCCAUGACGAGAGAGACAUUCUUAGGGCAUACUGACAAACAAUACGGGGUUCACGCCGACCAAAAUGACUGUGAUACUUCAGCCAGGCGAGCGAUUGCAAAUGCCAUGUUCGGGGCCGCCAUGCGGUGGAGGACCGCGAACGAUUCUUUUGAGCGCUUUGGCGGCUUGAGCUGGGGAUACUACAAGAAUGCAUAUGCCAUCGUCCCUGAACUCCUUCUCCAGGGGACAAACGUGUUGGCCUGCGAGGCCUUGCUGGCUAUAGCCACGUUCUCGUUGCAGACGGCCGAUGCGCGCACGACAGCUCAGCUGGCUUCUGCGGCGGCCCGGACCGCGCAGAUCAUCGGGUUGCACAGGAGGGAAACCUACGCCAACCUCGAUGCCACCGAGUCGGCGCGACGUAGGCGGGUAUUUUGGGCAACACAUAUACUUAACACGGACAUGAUGGCAAAGUAUGGCCUAUCUCACCCCUUUGCUCACGACGAUGUCACCGUUGAGCUUCCAGAUAAAGAUGCGACCGUUUUUGAUGGCAUCUCGCACUCGCCGUGCCUCCUUAACAGCAUGGCACAACUAUCAAGGACGCAAGUCACACUGCAUGGAAAGUUUUCUCUACACAAUCUCCAGCUGCAGUCAGGAGCGCUGGACAUGCACACCGCCCUGUUGCAUUUCAUCUAUUUCAGCACUUUGAUUAAGACCAACAUCAAUCUGGCGCGGCUCAAGAAUGCGACGAGCGUACAGCCGUCGUGCUCGCUGUACUCAGACUGGGUGAAUAGGGGAGCCUUUCCCAGCAUAGAGCAGUCACACUCCAAGUGUACGUCAGCGGCUCGGGCAAUCAUCGAUCUUCUACGGGUGAUGCCACCUCAACCUUAUGUGAACAUAUGGGUUCUUCUCGGCUAUCCCAUCAUGGCCAGCUUGAUCCUCUUAUGGUCAGCACUCGAGGAACCCACAGGAUCAGAGGCCCAUCUCAAUGUCAGGGUCAUGGGCCAAUUUAUCCAAUUCCUAGCAGGAUUGAAGGAAGAAGGAUGUGAUCUGAACAAUGUGCUGGACGGCUGUUCCAAGAUCUACAAAAUUGCCAAAUACGUCGUCCAUACGCAGAGAGCCAUGAGAGUGACGGCACCUUUGGAGGAAGACAAUGAUGUCAAGGAACAACUCGAGGCUCUUCGCUUGAAGCUUUCUGGAGUAACGGACUGGAUGCAUCUUGCCCAGGGUCUACUGAGCAACAUGCCUCUGCUAUGCACACAAGCAAGAGACAUCUUUGCGGAUGUACUUGGAAUGGAGCAGACACACCCUGACUACGGACCGUUUGCCCCUGAGCUGCUGAUGCCACAUAAACACAACGUCUUUUUUAGUUCUUGA